AUGAACCCCCGUCGCAAGCGACAGCAACACGGUAGUCGGUCGAGAACCGGGUGUCGGACCUGUCGCGCUCGUCGCGUCAAAUGCGACGAAACCCCGGGCAAAUGUGGCAACUGGCCCAGGACCAAGCGAGGAGGGGGUCCCCCACUGACCCCGGCUGCGACCAGCCGCUUCCGCUGGGUGGUCACCUCGGACGAGCGUCGGUGCUUUGCAUUCUUCUGCGAUCGGACGAUUCGCGAUGAGGUGGUAUUCUAUGACUCGGCGCGAUGGGCGUGUAUGGUGCUCGACAUGGCCAACACUGAGCCCGCCGUGUGUCACGCGGUGAUUGCCUUGGGGGCAGCGCACCAGGAGACCGUUUUUGGCGGCAUGCAAUCACCAUUAGCCCUAACGGCGCGACGAACCAGCUGGCAUUGGGUCGCCACCGAGCAGCUGGCGCGGGCUUCUGGCCUCUUGCGUCGCCGGAACCCGCACGAUCCCCAGCUGAGAGAAGUCAUGGUUCUCUGCUGCUUGCUCUUUGUUCUCACCAGUUUGAUGCGACAGGACCACGAAUGUGUCAUCCGGCACCUGCGAAGCGGUCUCCGCAUCGUCAAGGAACUGGAAGCCCGCAUUAGCCCGACCCUGGUUGCCGUCUUUCGGCACCUCGAAACGCAAGCCAUCCACUUCGAGUCCCGACGCUCCGAGCCCCUGCAUCAUGGGGUCCUGCAUUUUAUGCUGCGCGGAUGGGGCUCAUCCGCCGAGAUCAUCGCCGCCCACUACGAGGCGCUCCACGCCGAGCCGACCGCGCUGCUCUUCAAGGAGCAGCGCGGCGCGGACAUCACGGAGUUGCUCUUACGGACCCAUUCCCUGGGACUCCGCACUUGUCUGCUCAAGAAUGAUCCCGCCCGUCUGGAGCCCUUCACCCCGGAAUAUGCCACCCUUGCCACCAUGGCAGAACAGGUCAUCGCCAAGUUCCCGGACAGGCCAUCGCUGUUGGUGGAUCUGGGCGUCAUCCUCACCCUGUAUCACCCCGCCGAGGCGUGUCAGGAUUUCACGGUGCGCUGGCGGGCGCUCCAGGCGCUGCGGUCCUGGCUCCACAACGAAGGCGCCUUUGACUCGCUGGUGGUGUCCACCGUGUUGUGGGAACGAUUCCAGAUCGAAUUGAAGGUUCAAGUGGCGACUGAUCUCCGCAGUCUGUUGGGGUCCGAUGUCAGGCCCAAAGAAUUCGACACCAUGGUCAAUCGCCAGGUCGAGGAUCAACUGCGUCUCAUCACGGGGAACGAGGAUCGGGAGCUGGCGCAGGCGGGUGCAUACCUCAGCCACGCCAUCGAUUCGGACCACUCCAUGAAAUCUUGGACCUGCGGGGGCAGAUUACUGAACCUGAAAGCACAGUCAACGCUCGAUCUUGGCUACAGGAGCAGAAACAAGUCGCAUGGAAUUUAA